AUCGAAAUACAAAUUAUUAGCCAUAACUAUUGUUGCGGGUCAAGAUUUGGCUAACAACCCGUUACUUUUUUCAAUUUUUUAACGGAGAAGACCAUGUCAGCAUAGUAAAAAAAUAUGAUAUGAUGACUGCAACGUGGGGGCCAGCUCAGCAUCGUAAAAGUUUAGUCAUUAUUACUAACAAAAGUGUUAACUAAAACUUAACGGUUAGCUAAUAAUUUGUAUUUCGAUAGUUAUGGCUAUAAUUCUCUGCUCCUUAAUAGUUAUGGCUAAUAUAUUGUAUUUACCCUUUUAUUUACAAAAUGAUUAUUUACCAACAAUCCGAGGCCCAAUGGAGAAGUUUGGGCCCACUAGUCAAACCCAUUCUAUAUUCUGAAAUCCAGGUGACAAUGAGAAACUCUCGAAAAUCUUCUGGUUUUCUCGCGGGCACGGCCGACGAUGAGGACGACGAUACCGCGGGAACCGAGGAAGAAGAAUGAUCUGGCAGAAGCUGUUCUCCUGGCGGCGAAGAAUAUACCGGGGCAAUCGAACAACAAAACGGAACGGAUAUAGUACUCAGAGACGAUGCAGAGACGUCGGCGCAGUCGAGCUCCAGCGAACGCGAUUACUCGGCCUUCAGUUAGGUCUCUUUCAACUUCAGAGGACAAUAAGCGGGCGCCUGUUUUCGCUUUAACAACAACGAGGUACAUUUCCAUGGCCAGACAACAUUAUUACGAUCGCUGUGAUCUAUCUGCCUAUUCGGUAGCUUCUGGUACAGAUUCCUAUGGUGCAAGCGUUAUUGGGGAUGAGGGGGAGCCCAUUUCGAUUUCAGUUGGUAUCCCUAUAUGAGUUCUUCAGGUGUUACCUUGUUUCCUCCUUUUUUUAUUGAAUCUGAAUGAGCAAUAAUGUGGCGUGCCUGCUGUUUGAUGGAACUGAGAAUCGGCUCUUCUUGUUUAACAGCCUGUUAGCUGUGUGUUUACUACUACUAAUGAUCAUCCAAUUCAUCUAUGGGAUGCUACUUCUGGCACGGUAAUUCUACGAUGAUUACAAUAAUUGAAUUGAAAGUGGCCUUCUAAUAUCAGCUUAAUUUUGUUCCCCUCUAGCUGGGUUGGUGUUAAUAUGCUAGAUUGAGAAUAUUUGCGGUUGCGUUGCACAUACCGUGCUUAUGAUGCUGUGGAUGAAAUUACUACCGCCAUUUCAGUUGCUUUUAAUCCUGAUGGAGCUAAGUAAACAAAUGAUUCCUUCUCAAAGGCAGUUCUUCGGUUUGUCUUUAUAAUCGUACUUCACAUGAAAGUUUAUUCUUUCUGAGGCAAUCUGAUGGUUUAUUAUAGUUCCAACUUGUGAAAUCUUAUUUAUUGCUCUCUUUAGAAUGGUUAAAAUCUCAGAAUCAAUGAUCUUUAUGUUAAUGUUUGAUGAUUUUUUUCUGAUAGGAUAUUUGCUGGAUAUAACAAGAGUAUCAGAGUUCUUAAUGUGCGUUGGCCCGGUAGAGAUUUUAUACAACACUCAACCCUUAAAGGAAACAAGGAAGGACUAACAGGUACCUCCCAAAUCAGAGUAGUAAAUGAUUUCCGACUGGUCAGGUGUAAGACUCUGAACUUUGUUUACUGCAUAUACAGGGAUAAUAUCUGCCAUUGCAUUUUCUCCAUCUCAUAAUGGGAUGUCAGCCAGUGGUUCAUUCAGCCAGCAACUGCUAUUUCAAGAGAAGACAAUAUGGAAUUCUUGUACAUACUUCAUGGACAAGAAGGUGGGAUUGCACAUGUAGGUCGGAAUUCCAUUGUUGAUGCCUCAAUUUGAACUAUGGGAUCAAUAAUCAGGUGAUUUCCUUUCUUGCUAGGUGCAAUUUUCAAAAGAUGGAAACUAUCUAUACACUGGAGGCCGGAAGUUAUACUAAGCUGCCUCCUCGUUUUAGCAUAUCUUGGUUCCUAAGUUGUAGUGACACAUUUCGACUGUUAAUGUGUGAUCCUCUAAUUCCGAUAUGUCCUCUUCAUAUAUUUGUGGAAGUAUUCACUGCUUGUAUGUUGUUCUAGUAAAACCUUAAUGUACAUAGUUAUCAUACUUUUUUUUGGAGUGAACAUAGUUUUCAUUCUUGCUCAUGUGCAUAUGCAGCUUUUCUCAAUUUCUUCAUUCUAUUUAUUUCCUGCAGGACCCGUAUAUCAUUUGCUGGGAUGUAAGGAAGGCUGUUGACGUUGUUUAUAAGUAAGUAGUUGUGAGAAUUAUCUGUCUUCCUCCACUCGGAUAGUUGGUACUUAGUUAUCGGUCAGGACGAUAAUAUACUAGCUUUAAGAUAAUUAUCUUCUAGAAACAUCUCAUUAGCUGUUAUGCCAUUUUGGUAAAUCCCAUUGUUAAGUCACUGCGCGUCGUUACAUAACGGAUGAAAUGUAACGGCAACCUACCAACCCCGUUAAUUGAAUUUUCCAUUAUAUAUACAGAGCAUAUUUCUCUUCCGGGUAUCUGCUUUCAUACUCUCGUACUUUCUUUCUCGACAGGCUGUACAAAUCCUUGGCACAAACCAAUCAGCGGAUAUAUUUCGAUAUUGAACCAGUUGGCAGGCAUCUUGCAACCGGUGAUGAGGUAUCUGUUUGAUUUUAUUCGCUAUGCAAUCCCCUUUUAAUAACCCUGUUUCUGCUCUCUCUUACGCUAGAAUUGCGUUCUUGUCUAUGAUGAUUUGGUUCAGAUCUAUGAUCUACAAACCGGGCAUAUCCGGUUUUCAGGCUGCUUCAGAUGUUCUGACGUUCAUACUCUCAUACUUUCCCUGUUGACAGGCUGUACAGGUCCUCGGCACAAACCAAUCAGCGGAUAUAUUUCGACAUUGAACCAUUUGGCAGGCAUCUGUCAACCGGUGAUGAGGUAUCUGUUCGAUUGUAUUGGCUGCGCAAUCACCUUUUAAUUACCCUGUCUCUGCUCUCGCCUACCCUAGAAUUUGUGUUUUUGUCUAGGAUGGUUUGGUUCACAUCUAUGAUCUACAAACCAGGCAUAUCCGGUUUUCAGACUGCUUCAGAUGUGCUUACGUUCAGAUCCAUUGUUUUCACUUUUGUAGAUAGACUGUCCCCCUUUUCUCAUCUCUAACUUGAUUUCUGCCUGGUUCUAUGUAUUGCAGACAUGGUAAAUUGCAUCUCUUUCCAUCCAUUCCUGCCUAGGGCUGUCUCUUCAUCUGGUCACCGACGGUUUCAAGGACCCAAUGAAGAAGAUGGCAAUUGUCAACUGAGCGGUAUUCUUUGCUUGAUAAUGCGGUGUUUCACUUGCCUUUUGUCCAUGGAGUUUCGAGUUUCUUAUCAUUUUCCGUUCUUGUGUUUCGCUUGCCUUUUGUCCGUGAAGAUUUGAGUUUCUUAUCAUUUUCCGUUCUUACUGUGCAGAUAAUGUAAACUGUGCGGACAUUAUCGUGUGAUUCUUCAGCAGUUGAAACGAGGCACAUCAAUGAAUCUCAAGAUGCUUGAGAGUCAUUUUGUACAUUUAGCUGUUUUAACUUUCAUGCCCUAAUUUUGAUGAUUCAAUUCAGUGUUGGUAUUAAUAUAAUGAGAUUCUAAUGCCUGACGAUUUUGAAGCAAUGACUAAUGAGUCAGCUUCUCUAAAUUCUUGUAUUUGAAGACUACCAUCGGCCCAAAAUAGUGCAGCGUCGUUAGGUUGGGUGCUUCGAUGGCGACCUCAACGAUCUUUGGACAGGUUGCGAGUUUGUACUCUUUGAACUUCAAAUGCCUGGUGGCAAUGAAGUUUUUGGGUUGGGGAAGCAACAACGGAGAAGCUCCGAGUCUCGAAUUUACAAUUUCAAACAAACUUUCAGCAGAGCCUCGAGAACGGUCAUGACUUGCAGGCUCAUGUUCCUGAAGGAAAGAACGUGGAGGUAAGGGAGCUUUGUGACCACGAAAUUGGUUUCCGGCUCUGGCAGAACAAUAUUGCAUUAAGACAACCGGAUAAUUUGCAAGGUCUCUAUCUUGAAAAUGUCAUCGGGUAACAAAAGCGUAUAGUAUGCACUAAUUGCCCCUGCGGCCCAGCAACUACAUCCUACGGUGAUUUUCUAUCUACAAUUUUCGUAUUUUCUUCAUUCAUUUGCAUAAUAAAAAUUAGAAUUUAAUAAAAACGAUAAUAGGAUAUUACAUUAUUGCUCUAACACAAUUUUUUUCCCCUGCUGUCAUACAUGGGCCAGGUACCCAGAAAGGAUUUUGCUACUAAGGAUAUUUGACUAGAGUCCGAAUCUGGCGCAAACAAUUUUUAAGGUAAAUAGAAUUUGAAUGUUUUAGAAAUUAGUACAUAUGGAAGUUCGAUAAUAAAAUUUAUUUUAGAAUGGUAAAUAUAUUAUUAAAAUGGUGGCGUUAGUUUCUUUAUAUACGAGUUUUUUUUUAUAUUAAUGAAUUUCCUUUUCUUGAGUGAUGACAACCCAAUUAAGUGGAUUUCCUUAUUAUUUGAAAGGGAUGUGAAAAAUUAAAAGGUUACCUUGAUAAAUAAAAUGCAUGUGUUUUUCUAUUUUUAUUUUUGGUAAAUAAAUCCACACAUUUAUUUUAUUAUUAUAAAAAGAAAAUAUUCUUUCAUUUUUCUAACAAGGUAACCUUUUAAUUUUCAUUGUGGCCUUUGUACUUAUUCAAUAAGGCUGUCCACAUACAUAAUUUUAGAACUUGAUAAUGUAACUUCCAAAAACAAUGAUAAGGUAACCAAAAUUUGGUCCCUACGAAAGCCCAAUUGAAUUGUUGGAAUAUGUUAUAAAUUUAUCAUUUUUGUUUAAGAUAUUCCUUUAAAUUAUAAUUUGGAACUGUAUUUAUUAGUAUGCAUUUUAUUCCAAAUAACAUGGUAUUUAAUUAAAUACCCAACCAAAAAAGCCAUGUAGACAAUAAAAAAAAGUUGGUCAAAACUGAACGUUACUUUGAGCAAUAAAGUAACUCAAGUUAA